AUGGCGUCUACAUCGUCUACGUCCGAGCUGCCGGACGGGGUAGUCCUAGUCCCCGCUCCGGAUCCGCUCGUCCACGUCGCCUUCAACCAGCACGGCACGCACUUCGUCGCGGCCAUGGCCACCGGCUUCCACGUAUUCUCCUGCCACCCUCUCGAGAGCGGCAUGCACCGGCGCAGCAGCGAGCUCAAGGUGACCUCCGCCCAGCUGCUCACGCGCUCGCAGCUGGCCGUCGCGACGCGGAGGCCCAGCGCCGUCAGCGGCGCCGUCGAUGACCACGUCAUCGACUUCUGGAACGGCAUGUGCAAGCCCAAGGACGCCAGGACCAACACCGUCAGGAGCCCGUGCGGCGCCGUCGGCGGGUUCCGCCUGCGGGGGGACCACAUGCUCGUCGCCGGCGAGGGGACGGCCACGCUGUUCGACGGCGUGCACUGGGAGAAGGAGGAGCCGAAUGGGCCUGCGACGCUCGUCUACGCCCUGCCGCUGCCGGAGGCGGGAUCGGUGCAGGUCCGCCGGCGCGGCAGGGCCGGCAGCGUCAGCGUGUGCGCCCACGGCUCCGGCGUGGCGUGCCUCGCGCUGUCCCGCGACGGACGGCUGCUCGCCACCGCCGGCACCAGGGGCACGCUCGUGCGCAUAUUCAGCACCGCCGACGGCACCAAGCUCCAAGAGCUGAGAAGAGGCACCGAAGGGGCAGACAUCCACUGCAUCGCCUUUUCCCACGACUCCAAAUGGUUAGCGGUGUCCAGCGACAAGGCAACGGUGCACGUUUUUAGCAUCAAUGACUUCAACCUCACAAGCUCCACUCUCGAGGAAGACCAUGCCAGCUACCUGCCGACGUAUUUCAGCUCGAAGUGGUCGUUUGCCCAGUUCCGGAUCCCUAACGCCUGGACCAAGUGCUCCGUGGCAUUCGACCGGAGACACCCCAACACCAUUACCAUUGUCUGCAUGGACAAAAGGUUCUACCGCUGCGAGUUCGACCCGGUGAAAGGAGGCGACAUGGUGCCGGGGGUGUACCAUGAGAACUUCAUGGACCUCUGA